AUGGCGACCGUCUUUUCGACGUCGGCCGUUGACGCCCAGGUCGCAGCACUCCGUCAACAGAUCCAGGCCGCUGAAGAACAACUAUCCCACCUCCGAGAACAGUUGGCCCAUGCCGAGGAGGCCCAACACCGCGCUCAAGAUGCUGGCAAGCUCGAGACAGACUGGCAGCAAGAGAUCCUGGGCGCGCUGAACAGCCCACAACACCAAUACUACCAGGACCAACAACCAAAUCAGAGAUUUGGCCUCAGCAAUGCCGAGUUUAAGCGCUACGGACGCCAACUCAUCAUGCCCCAGGUUGGCUUGCAAGGACAAUUGCGACUGAAGGCUGCCCGAGUACUCAUAGUCGGCGCUGGAGGUCUGGGCUGCCCUGCUUCUGCAUACCUCGCUGGCGCCGGCGUCGGCACUCUGGGUCUAGUGGACGGCGACACUGUAGAAGAGUCAAACCUUCACCGUCAAAUCGCUCAUUCCACCGAUCGCGUCAGCAUGUUCAAGGUCGAUAGUGCAAUUGCCUAUCUACGCGGCUUGAAUCCCAAUGUCAACUACAUCCCACACAGGGCUCAUCUCACUCCCUCUACUGCACUGGAAAUCUUCUCCAACUAUGAUUUCGUACUUGACUGUACAGACCAUCCAACCUCCCGCUACCUCAUCUCGGAUGCCUGUGUCUUGUCGGGAAAGCCCCUUGUAUCCGCCUCUGCUCUACGCACAGAAGGUCAAUUGUCUGUCUUGAAUAAUCCUCCGCGAGCUCCUGGUGCAUCAGAUGGUGGUCCUUGCUAUCGUUGCGUCUUUCCACGCCCUCCACCUGCUGAGUCUGUCGUCAGCUGUGGUGAAGGUGGUAUUUUGGGACCUGUUGUUGGCGUCAUGGGCAUCCUUCAGGCUUUGGAGGCCAUCAAGCUCAUCACCUCUCCGCCCAAUUCUGCCGCGGCUCCUCCAUCCCUUCUUCUUUUCUCUGCCUACAGCAUACCUCAGUUCAGGAAUGUCAAACUUCGCUCAAGACGUCUUGAUUGUGCUUCGUGUUCGGCAAGUCGUACCGUUACCGAAUCAAGUCUGACUUCUGGAUCAAUGGACUACGUCGCCUUCUGCGGCGUUACCAAUCCAGUGGAUAUACUACCACCCUGUUCACGCAUAAGUGCCGGGGAUCUGCUUUCCACUCUUGCGUCCUUAUCGCCACAUGAUGAUGAAGCUCCGAUCGUUCUCGAUGUCCGCGAUCAAACACAAUUCGAGCUGUGCAGUCUCCCUAACAGCAUAAACCUACCGUAUCAAGGACUACAGACUCGUCUUCGCCAGGACACCCAAAUCCUCGAAGAUCUCAAGGGAAGAGAUGUCCUAGUAGUCUGCAAACUCGGCAAUGACUCCCAACUUGCCGUGCAGAUGUUGGAGACCAUGAGUUCUGGCAGUAUGAAGAGCAUAAAAGAUGUUCAAGGCGGUUUCCGCGCAUGGAGAAAUGAAGUGGAUCCUGAAUGGCCCGAUUAUUGA